AUGGUGGACAGGUCUGUAGCAGCAUCAGUUUCCUUCCCAGAGCUGAUCCGUAUGGUGCAGUCAAGGCAGCAUCAGUUACCGUUGUUUGCUACCAUAGCAUGGUCAAUUUGGCACCACCGGAACAAAUCACGCCUUCAGCAGAGCAGCUUGCCUUUGAAUAAAAUUGCGGGGUAUGCAAAGGAGUACAUCAGGGGCUUUAAAAAUCUACAGCAGCAGCAACAAAUAGUAUGCAGAAAAAUUCAAACGAGGAAGUGGAGUCCUCCGGGUUCAGGUAUGAUGAAGACAAAUUUUGAUGGAGCCUUGUUUGGAGAAUCUGAUCAGGCAGGUCUUGGAGUGGUGAUUCGUAAUUCUGAAGGACAGGUUAUGGCGACCCUUUUGGAAAAGAUCCAAAAACCACAUUCAGUCCAGUCUGUAGAACUGCUGACAGCAAGGAGGGCAGUCACUUUCUGCAUUGAAACAGGUUUUCAGAAUUCCAUCUUCGAAGGUGAUUCUGAGCUGGUUAUCAAAUCGCUUCGGGGGAAGGGGUUGGUAAACUCACAAGAUGGACACAUAAUUAAGGACAUUUUGUCUUAUGCAAACUCUCUACAGAGUUUCUCUUUCUCUCAUGUCAGUCGGCAAGGAAUGCAGUAG